UAUAAAAAAAAGCAAAGAAUUGUUUAGCUAAAGGGAAUAUUUUAGUAGUUUUAAAUUUUGUUUUGCAUUAGCUACCACUAGCUUCUUGUUAGCGUUAGCUUGUUUUAGCUAAUUGUUAAACUUUUUGUUGGAUCAAGGAGGUACAAGGAGGUGAGCGAGACCAAAGAAAACCUUUUAAACCAGUUAUUUUAAAUAAUUAGUACAUUUUUGACUUUGUUUUUUGACUUGUAUGGUGUCAUAAUGUUGUCAUUUUGAUUGUAAGUUAGCUAAAAGUGCUAUAUUUAUUAUUUAACUCAAUUAUCAGUCAGUGACAACAAUAAAAAAGGGAUGCAAACAAUAUUUUCAUUAUCAUUCAGUCAUUUUGCACUUUUUUGUGAGACUAACAGUCAUAAACCCAAAGAUAUUCAGUCUACAGUUAUACAAAACAAAGAAGCAAUGAUUUCUCACAAGCACGCAGCUCAAGAAUAUUAUGAAAAUAUCAUAUUAUCGCUUUACAGAUUACAUUUUUUUGUCAUUCACUUCAUGGAUUAACUGAGGAAACAUUUCAGCCGUAAUUUUGUGUUUAAGAAGUUAAUAACCAGCAAAUAUUAGUAAUACCUGAUAUUUGAGUCAGUAAAAGAUCUUUUAAGUUCAUUUAAGCGUUGUAACGGUUUUCAUUUUGUCUUUGUUUUAGUGUAGAUAUCUGCUAAACUAAAAUCCACCAUCACUGAGACGCUUUAGUGUCUCACAGUUUAUUUAAUCUGUGUGGAACGUCUGAAAAAUUCACAAAAAUUACAUAAAAAGAGGCAAAAGUGACAUAAGAGGCAAUAACUACACAAAAAAUAAUUACAAAAGUCACGAGUGGACUCUUAUCUGGUUGUUUUGUUCUUUGUUGUUGUAUUUUUGAGCUCUUCUACAUUUGGUGUUUUGUCUGGAUGUAUUUGAAUGUUUUUUUCUCUGUGCAGCGUCCUGAUACUUUGAGCCAGACUCUGUGUUUUGCCGGUAAUGCGGAUGGUUGUGGUUGUGUUUGUGUGUCUGUGAGCAGGAUGAGUGGAGGCGUCCAGCAGUCGCUGUUUUUCCUCGGACUUCCAGAUCUGAAGCAGCUGGUUUGUGUCACUCUGAGUCUUCAGGAUCAGGACGAGGAGCCGAGGAGCAAACAGAUCAAGACCUGCAGGGAGCUGCUGCUGCUGUUCUCUGAGGUUCUGGCUUCUCCGGCUCUGGACUCCUUCACUGACAUCACAGCGGUCAUGGCUAUUUCUUUUUUCCAGAGAGGAAUCCUCCAGAUGUUUGGAAUCAGACACAGACUGCAGCUGGGCCCUCCACAGUGUGUGUUUCCAGGUGUCCUCCAGUGUUGUGUGUCCUUCUCUCUGGUCACCAGGUUGUCUCCCAGCUGGAACAAAGCCGGACGCUACCUGAUCUCAGGAAAAGACUUCCUGACUGAAGGAGGGAGGCUCAACGCUGUCAGUCUGGAGCUGAGCACCAGUGAGGGCCAGCUGUGCAUCAGUGUUGAAGCUAACGCUGUCCGACUGCCUCCGACUACACUGGAGGACUUCCACCCCCCGCUGGUCCUGAGGAGGUUCUGCAGCGAUCCAGACUCCGUCCUCGACCCCACUUCCACCGGAGGAGCCCUGUGGUGUCACGUCCUGCCCAGCAUGAAGAAAGGUCAGAUCAUCAGCAUCAGCCGCCAGCUGCCCAGAGACGGACCGUUCAGAAGCUACAGGGAGCUGCAGAACCACUGGAACCUCCUGUACGGUUACAGACUGCCGGAGCAGGAGGCGGUUUACUGCAGCGUCUACUUCAGACCGGUGGGACAGAAACUCUUCACAUACCCUCUGAGCUGCAUCCGCCUGCAGCCGGUGCAGCGCUGCCCUGGCCUCGACCUGCAGGGGGCGCUGGCCUCCUUCCAGACCGACAUCAGAACUCGACUGCUCACCGUUUGUGGCUUCCCUGCAAGACUGAGCAGCAAACCCAGUUUCCACUCAGUCGGCCUGAAGACGGCCGCAUCCCUGCAGGUGUUGGACGCUGAGCAGAUCAACCCCUCCACCUCCACCUCCACCAGGCCGGUCCUCUCCCAGCUCCCUGCUCCUCCUCCUGCCCAGCCCCAGAGGCCCUCCUUUGGGUCUCAGCCGCCGUCCUGGACCCCCGUCUCCCAGCAGGGUGGAGCUGUGUGUCAUGGAAGUGGAUUUCAGAGCAGAGCGACGCAGACUUUCCUGCCGCUCUUCCAGCCGGCUUCAUCCCUCACCUCCUCCUCCUCCUCGGUUCUCCCUCCUCCUCCUCCUCCUCCAGUAAACCCUCCUCCCAAACUGGUUCCCAUCUUCAGGAACAAAACUCCGUCUCGUCACGUCAGCGUCGCCCUGCUGAGGCUCCAGGAGCAGAGGGAGCAGCUGAGCAGAGCAGCACCGAGGGUGACGCUACCGGCCGUCGGUAAGAAGACUCCCACUGCUCCUCCUCUUCCUCCUCCGUCCAUCCCGACUCGUCCUCCACCAACCGUUCCAAACUUCAACCGUCAGCCCAAAGUCAAACGCAUCUCCAGCCUCAGUCCUGCUUCCAGGCCCAAACCGAGCCUCGUCGUUCUGAAGCCGGAGGUCCGGAUCAAACCCGAGUCCAGCUCCAGAAACGCCCAGCAGGUUGCCAGGGAAACGCAGGAAAAAGCAACAGAACAACAACCAGCAACUCAACCUGUGACAUCAGCUGACGUCUCCAACGAGAGCACGUCCAGCAGCAGCAAAAGGAGGGUCACUUUUGACGUCAAACCCAAGAAAUCCAGAUCUGCAGCACGAGACGUGGACGUGGAGAAAAUGGCUCGAAGCAACCAGCUGUCUAGGCUGAACUCUGCCACUCUGAUGCUCUGGCUGAAGGAGAGACGAGUUUCUGUCGGAGCCAAAUACAAGAAGGAGGAUCUGAUGCUGAAGGUUAUGAGCUGCCUGGCUGAGGCCUAACUCACACUAAAACACACACUAAGCACACACUAAAGCACACUCUAAUCUGUCGUUUCAUCUCCUCUAACUGAGAAGUUUCUCCAGAGUUAAUUCUGGCGUCAGAUAAAGUCCAGCAGAGACUCAGAGAAACCACAAAGUGAAAUCUGAGUCGAUGGAAGUUUUUCUUUUCCUUUUGUUUCGUUCCGGUUCACUGAUGUUGCCUCAGUUCCAUUUUUCUGGGUUGUGAAGUUUCAUAUUAGUUUGUUCAAAGUGUGAUUUCUCCUCUUUAACGUCUGCUGAUGUUUCUACGGCAGCAGGUUCAAGGUUCUGCUGUAAAAAUGAGUUUUAUUCCCCUGAAGCUUUAAAUUAUUCCAUGUUGAACCGUCGGUAAAAUAUGUGCUGUUCAAAAAAUGUGAAUGAUUGUUGUUCAGGAAUGUGCAGUUCUGUUUGUUUACUGUAAAGAUAAUUUAAAAAAACAACUGAUUGAUUAAAAGCUGAAAUGUG